CGGUAUCGAUGGCGCCAACAGAUGCAGACUAGUGGAGUACGUAACAAUUAAGUUUUUCGCAAAGCAUCAAGCCUCGUCUUGGCUCAACAAAGCCCACCAUCAUAUAUGACUUAUGCUAGAUCUUUCUUGCCAGAAUGCGACCAGGCAGCCAGAUACACAAUAAUGUUGUGCUACAUGCAUUAUCACAGUCAAUCUCAUGCAACACUCGCAAUUGCCUUGCUGAAAGAGUUCAAGAAAGGAAUCGAUGUUCGGUCUUCAGCAGAGGCUGAGCAACUCUUUCGUGCGUCGUGGCCUGUCUCACUACAAAGCAUGCAGCUCUGGAAAAAUCGUCAUUUUCUCUUUUCAUCGCAUAUUUCAGGAGCCUCCAGACACCUCUUUGACAGCGAUCUGCCACCUCCUUUGUUUGUUUCACCCAGCUCCGAAUCCUGCAGCUCGUUUUUUUAUGAUCCCUGCUCGUUUUGCUUCUGGUGCUUCUGGCGCGGCCAGCACGAGCGGGUACGACUACAAGAGUCAGGAUGGCACGACAGAAACCGACGACGUGAAGAGCAGGUGUGCAGGGACAUAAUCCGAGUCAGGCUUGACUGCGUUCUAAAUGACGCGAGCUAUUCCGCCGUCGCAGAUUCUAUGCGCGUACUAUGUACGGCUGCGCAAGCUGGUAAGUGGGACUGGGGCGUGGCUAUUUUGACGCGGUCCUGCCGCGCCUGCCGCGGUCGUGACGCGGCUGUGACGCGGCGUGACGCGCAAUUGACGCGACCUGACGCACCAUUGACGCGGCACUAAUGCAACAAAUGACGAACGAACCUUGACGCGGCCGAGUGAAGUUGGUCACCUGGGCCAGAUUUGGGACGUUGAGAGUUGGAUGGACGAUCUGGACCACGACGUUGAAUUGCUCGAGGACUAGGACUUCGCGCAGGUCGGCGUGGGUUAGAUUUUGAGCCUUGGGGAAGAUCGAAUAGCUCCUGUGAAUGGUGUCUCAUGGGUCGAGGGAGGGAUGAAGCAUUCGAGGCGGAGAGUGCAGCAGCACCAGUUCUAUGUGUGAUGGGACCCGUUGGUGGAGAGGCUGGAAGAAAGGCUAUUAGAUUACCUGUGCGGUCAUAGCAGGGAAUGAGGUUCCCAAUGCCCGGCGCAGAAUAGUCUUGAUUGCCUAUG